CUUCAAUUCUCUGGCUCUCUCCUUCUCUCUCUCACUCACAAUCUCGCUGAGCCCUAACCGUUUGGAUACAGUGCAGAGGACUUGGGGAGAGUGCUCUUUUCUUCUUCUGCGUUUCCUUCCCUCCUCUCUCCCUCAUGAGCUGUUGAUUUAGAUCAAUUCAUUGGGAUGAGGAUGUGUUUGUGUUAAGCUGCAACUAAGAAAGACUGAACAAGGAGCAACAGGGGAGUAAUUGACUGAACGGAAAAACGGGAGAGACCCCCUCCUUUACAGGCUUAACAAAGGUGGCCAGUUGGACAACAGCAACCAUGUGAUUGGUGGUGGCAGAGAGCAAAGAAUGUCCAGGAGGUUCAGCUAAAGUAGCCCUGCAGCGAGAAUCAACCCCUCUGGCGCCUGUUCUUUAUGAGGACCCGAAGAUGACUGUCACCAGCCGGCAGUCCUUGAAUGUCCUGACAGUCAUCUUCCUCCUGCUGUCCACUGCAGCUCUAUCAGCUCAUUUCAGAGUGUGUGAACCAUACUCCGACCACAAGGGGCGCUAUCACUUUGGUUUCCACUGCCCUCGCCUUUCUGACAACAAGACCUACAUGUUCUGCUGUCACCACAACAACACAGCCUUCAAGUACUGCUGCAAUGAGACUGAGUUCCAGACAGUCAUGCAGGUCAACCUGACUACCACCACAGAUGGCUUUGCACACAAUAACUACACAGCCCUGGUAGGAGUGUGGAUCUAUGGCUUCUUCGUCAUGGUGCUGCUAGCCCUGGACUUCCUCUACUACUCGGCCAUGAACUAUGAGCUGUGCAGAGUGUACCUGGAGAAGUGGGGUCUGGGUGGGCGCUGGCUGAAGAAAGCCAGGAGCCAGUGGCACCGGCCGGCCCCAGGAGAGGAGAGUGAGACCCAGGCACAGACCCAGGGUCACCCCAUGGCCCUCAGUCACCAGCACCCCAGACACAGCCUCAGAGGAGAGCACCAGAGCCCCACGAGCCCUAGCACACAUCCACCGUCUGAGUGAAGCUGCGAGAGGAUGAAUGAAUAGAAGGGUAGAGAGCAGCGAUGCUGAGCAGAGUACGCCACAGAAGAUAGCACGGCUCAGACACCUGUCUCUGUCUGUCUAGAUUAUUGACACAGUAACGUACCACAGGGUGGCUGGCCCUGCCGGAGCUAGCAGUUAGCUAGCAGAACCUGCUCACCUCCAUUCCUCUGAACACCUCCACCACUGGACCAACAGAACCAGGCCAAAGGUCAACACUAGACUACUAUAGAAGGCCCUGGUGAAUGGAGCUGCUGCUACCCAAACACUGUUAAGGAACAGGUCACUGGCACUGAAACUGAUCAUGAAGACCCCCUGCAUGGGCUGGGGCUGUUCUAAGAAGAAGCCAAUGGAAACUUCAACUGAAAUUGAUCAACUGUGGUUAAGAACAAGAGGACUUUGUUUAAUGUGUGUGUUUGAGUGUUGAUUGUACUUUGUUGCUGUGUGGGGUUAAAUUCAUUAGUAGUUAGAAGAAGUCGUAGGAGUACUGUAUCUUUUGGUGAUUUAUUUAAUGUAAACUAGUCAGGGACUUUUUAUGAGUGGUAAACAUUCUAGACGAUUCACGAUGGAGGUUUAUGCUUAGCAUCUCCUUGUAGCCAAAAUUAGCACAGAGACUGGCUCACACACAGCAAUCACUGAGGAUAGAUUUAAUGGCAAAGUGAUGUCUAUGGAACGGACAUAUUUUAGCAUAAUGAACCCUUAUUGAAUACGGUGGCCCUCCCCUUCAAGUCACCCUGUCAGCUUAGCAAUCAGGGAGAGUGGAGUGCUGACAACAUAAUCACUUCAGUGGAAAAAAAAGGUGUUACUAUGCAAAACGUGAAAUCCAAGCCUAAAUAUCUUAUAUUGAAAUAUCUUUCUUGUUUUUUCUUACCAAGCUAAAUGAUCUAACGUCAGUGGCAGAUGAUUUUGCUUAUUUUAACCAGCAAAAUACUUAAUACAAGUAAUUUAUCUUAUUUCAAGAUAUUUGACCUUAAUCUUCUUAUUAAGGUAAAAUAUAUUGAAAAAUAUAUUGAAAUAAGAUACAUUAUAUCUUGAAAUAAGAUAAAUUAUUCGUAUUAAGCCUUUUUUAGGUUAAAAUAAGAUAAGUUAUCUGCCAAUGACGUUAGAUAAUUUAGCUUGGUAAAAAAAAACACAAGAAAACACAUAUUUUAAGUGAAUUAUCACUCAAUAUAAGAUAUUUAGGUUUACUUAGAUUUCAGUUUUUGCAGUGUAGUGCCCGCACAGGGAGGGAAUGAAGCCGUGCUCAACACUUAACACAUUUCUGAACUUUCUUAUUAAUCCAUAAAUUGCAGUCUUUGUUGUGUUGGGAGGGGAGACAGAAUAAAGCAUCUGUUCAUGUCAGCAGGCUGGGAGGGGGAUGGAGUGUGAUGGGGAAGACCAGGCGGUAUAGUACAGUACAGGGGUAUGUCUCUCCUCACUCUACUCACUCUACCCCAAUUCUGCAGCUGUAACCUGCGAACUGGCAGCAACAUAGCCAGUACAUUAUGUGCAGAGAAUUCCUGGACUGUAUGCACCGUGCAGCAGGCAAUACACUACAGUGUCCUUGAGAGGGGCCAGCCAAGAGGGCAGACCCAUAAAUGGUUCUGUCUGGGGAGUUAAUGGAAUUACCACCAAUACUCCUGAACAGCCACUAGGCAGGAGGAGCAGUACAACUAUCCCCAAUAUACUAAAACAGCAAACUGAACCAGACAAUUUAUUACAAUUAUUUUAAAUAAAUAGUUUUGUCAUCAUCUGGCUUCAUAAAUUCACUGAAGUGUGCAGGCCCCCAAAAAUACAAUUAAAAAAUGUUCUGUUACAACAAUGACCAUGGCUGGCAAUAUACACUGAGCAUACAAAACAUUAAGAACUACUUCCAUGACAUAGACUGACCAGGUGAAUCCAGGUGAAAGCUACGAUCCCUUAU